AUGAAAAUGGCUCCGCAAAAUGCCGACUCGGAAUCUAUGCAAGUUCAAGACUUAGCUGUGCCCCCGCCGGACCUGCAGAAGCCCGGACGCGCGGACGCCCCCUAUGAGACCAUCAGCGAGGGGUCCAUAGACCGGAUCCCUGUGCGCCUGUGGGUGAUGCACGGCGCCGUGAUGUUCGGCCGGGAGUUCUGUUACGCCAUGGAGACGGCGCUGGUCACGCCCAUCCUGCUGCAGAUCGGCCUUCCGGAGCAGUACUACAGCCUCACGUGGUUCCUGAGCCCCAUCCUCGGCCUCAUCUUCACGCCCCUCAUCGGCUCCGCCAGCGACCGCUGCACCCUGCGCUGGGGCCGCCGGCGGCCCUUCAUCCUGGUCCUGUGCAUCGGCGUGCUCUUGGGCGUGGCGUUGUUCCUGAACGGCUCUGCCAUCGGUCUGUCCCUCGGUGACGUCCCCAGCCGGCAGCCCAUCGGCAUCGUCCUCACGGUGCUGGGGGUGGUCAUCCUGGAUUUCAGCGCCGACGCGACCGAGGGCCCCAUCCGUGCCUACCUGCUGGACGUGGUGGACAGUGAGGAGCAGGACAUGGCUCUCAACAUCCAUGCCUUCUCUGCCGGCCUCGGCGGGGCCGUGGGCUACGUGCUGGGGGGGCUGGACUGGACGCAGACCUUCCUGGGCGCCUGGUUCCGGACCCAGAGCCAGGUGCUCUUCUUCUUCGCGGCCGUCAUCUUCGUGGUGUCGGUGGCCCUGCACCUGUUCAGCAUCGAGGAGGAGCAGUACAGCCCCCCCCAGGAGCGCGCCGGGGAGGCGGCCGGCACUCCGCCCCCCGCCACCCACACCGCUGUGCUGGACGGCGGCGCCUUGUUCCCGGAGGAGGUGCAGUCUGAGCACAAGCUGUCGAUGGACUCCCUGGGCGUGGACAUGGUGCGGAGCAGGAGCGACUCUGUGCUGCACGUGCCGGACGCGGCCCUGGGCCUGGAGCCCGAGCUGCCCUUCCUGCCUGACAUCGAGCCCUCCAUCUUCUGCGACGGCUCCUGCCCCGGCACGCCCCGCAGCACCAGCCAGGAGCUCGCCUGGCCCAGGCCCUACCGCCUGGCCUCCGUGCUCAGGGAGCACGCCAGGGAGGACGAGACGCUGCUGGACAACCACCUGAACGAGGCCAGGGUCCCCAACGGGGACGGCUCUCCCCCGAAGGACGGCCUCGGGGGCCUCGCCAGGGUGGACGUGAAGCCCACGGCCACGUGCAGCUCCAUGCGGCGGCGGCGGCACACGUUCCACAGGCAGGCCUCCAGCACCUUCUCCUACUAUGGCAAGAUCGGCUCCAACUGCUACCGCUACCGGCGGGCCCGCGCCGUGCUGCUGAUCAAGCCGUCACGCAGCAUGAGCGAGCUGCACGACCUGCAGCUGCGGCAGCGGCAGCGGAGCCGCCGCCGGAACCAGAGCGGGGCCACCACCUCCAGCGGCGACACGGAGAGCGAGGAGGGCGAGGGCGAGACCACCGUGCGGCUGCUCUGGCUGUCGAUGCUCAAGAUGCCCAAGGAGCUGACGCGCCUGUGCGUCUGCCACCUGCUCACCUGGUUCUCCGUCAUCGCCGAGGCCGUCUUCUACACCGACUUCAUGGGCCAGGUCAUCUUCAAGGGGGACCCCAAGGCCCCCUCCAAUUCGACCGCCUGGCAGGCCUACAACGCCGGCGUGAAGAUGGGAUUCUGGGGCCUGGUCAUUUACGCGGCCACCGGAGCCAUCUGCUCAGCCCUGUUACAGAAGUUCCUGGACAGCUACGACCUGAGCAUCAGGGUCAUCUAUGUGCUGGGGACGCUGGGCUUCUCCGUCGGCACGGGCGUGAUGGCCAUGUUUGCCAACGUGUACGUCGCCAUGGUCAUGAUCAGCACCAUGGGCGUCGUCUCCAUGAGCAUCUCCUACUGCCCCUACGCCCUGCUCGGCCAGUACCACGACAUCAAGGAGUACGUCCACCACAGCCCCGGGAGCUCCCGGCGCGGCUUCGGGAUCGACUGCGCCAUCCUGUCCUGCCAAGUGUACAUCUCGCAGAUCCUGGUGGCGUCCGCCCUCGGGGGUGUGGUCGACACCGUCGGCACCGUGCGUGUCAUCCCCAUGGUGGCCUCCGUGGGCUCUUUCCUGGGCUUCCUGACGGCCACGUUCCUGGUCAUCUACCCAGACGUGUCAGACGAGGCCAAGGAAGAGCAGAGGGGCCUGUCUGCCCAGCCUUCGGGCGACAGCGGGGGGAGCGGCGGCGAGAAGCCCACCUUGCUGAGGCUGAGCAGGAAGGAGGCCCAGCCGCAGAAGGCGGAGACGGAGUCGAUGGUCUGAGCCUCACCCCUGCGCGCACCUUCCCGGGGGCGGCCGUUGCCUCGGUGGCCGCAGGAGCCAGGGUUCCUUCCCGACGCCGGCUGUGGUUGUAGGGGGAGGGGCGAGCCGCGACGCAGAAACCCCACACCAAUUAAUUACUUUGUCCACAAUUAAAAAAAAUCAUUUGAAAUCUUUUUUUUUUAAUUGAAAAAGAUCUUGUAAUUUCAACUCGUAUUCUGCAGGUAUAUUAUUCUGCAUGUUUUAAAAUUAUAAACCAGAUUUACCAUAGAGACAAGCAAUUUAGAGAAAAUAAGACUUUUCCUUUCUAAGGUUAUAACGGAAAACAGAAGCAUCUGCUGUCCUUUGCCGCCUGUUACCCACGCCCGCCGGAUGGCGGUGCUGGCGUCCGUGCCCGAUCGAGCCCCACGUCCCCUCUGGGCGCCCGCGGGCGUGCGGACUUUGUCAGGUCUCCUGUCCUGUCGGUGCUGCAGCUACCGGAGAGUAGUUUUCUUUACGAUUCUUUCACAAGAAAAGUUUUUCUUUCCAAACUGGUUUUCUUAGGAGAGACAGCAUUUCCUCUUUUCCUCAGAGAUUCUGACAGACAGCGCGGGGGGCAGCCCUGCCUCUGGGCAGCAGGGGAUGGCGGCUGCCUCCCGCCCGGGGAUCCCGUCCAGCAAGGGGAGAUGUGGGGGGACUGGCCCCGGUGUCCGUGCCCCCAGCCCCCCGACCCCGUCAUCUCUGUCCGAAGCUCCCCAGAGAGGUGGUGCCCUCUUUCCAUUGCACUUUGACUCGCUUUGUAACCAUUUGUUGGGAAAUCACGCGGGCAGAGCUCCGGCGUGGCGCCGCCCCCUGGGCCCUGCCGCCAGGCCUACCUCGGGUGUGGGACAGUGGCCCCGGCGCGUGAGCUCCUGCCGGGCCGCCUCUGCCCUCCUCUGACCUCUUCGCCUGCUCACCCUGCUUGACGCCGGGAGCCCAAGGGCUGCCAGGUGUCCGGGACGGAAGGCAGGCGCCCGGCCCCCCACGCUCCCGAAGGACUCCGCGCCGCACCCCUGCUCUGCGCGUGCGAGCCCGGCGUGGACUUCGGGGAAGUUGGGUCAUCAAAUGCUGCAGCUCCUCGGAAAUGCUUUUCGAACCGCAGUCUCUUUAUAACUCAGCGGUUUCUGCUUCUCCUGGGAAUGGACGGUCUCCACGUCCCGGUGUCACCCGGACCCAGACGGUGGGGGUCCUUGCUGCCUCAAGUCGUUUUUUUAAACAAAGAACUUUAAGAUGCAUGAAAAAUCAUGCUGCAAUAUGAUCAUUCUAAAGCAAAUAUAUAUCUAUAUAUAUAUUUCGAGAUGAGACUAAGCAGUUUUUAAAUAAAUUACUUGAAUUUUCUGUGUA